GGCCAUGGAUGCUCAGCCCAGGCCCGGCAGCGCAGAGAAAGCGGCCUCUUUCCAGCACCUGCCCUGCACCAGCCCCGGCAACCCCGUCUUCUCCUGCAUGCUGAAGGCGGCCACGCUCACCACCGGCACUUGCCUGACCAGGCCCCAGCUGCUGCUGUAUAAAACAACCUCCAGCGACUACGGGGCUGUGCCCCCCACCACACCAAUGGUCCCCUGUCGGUAUUACCCAAAGGAUAACUCCUUAACAGAUCACUUAUUUGCUUGUGGCAAGACAGAGUAUAACUGUAUUAACACAGCCCUGGACAAAAGCAAAGUGUAUGACCAUCCUGAUAUUCUCAACCUUUUAUGAAGGGCCCGGUGCCUUCUGAGUUGUGGGCUGACACAAUAAAGCUAUUCAA